GUCAAAAGACGGAAGCGCGGAAUUUUAAAACAGAGAAACACGAAGAAAUGACAAGUGAAAAUGUCGAUGAUUAUUUCAGUAUUAGUGACAUUCUUACAACACAAGAAAGAUUGCCAUGCAAAGUUGAACUACCUAUUUACAGAUUAGGUUACCUUGAUAGCAGUUCCACUAGUGAUGAUUUACAGCCAGGAACCAAACUGGAUUUGUCGUUCUGGAUGGCUAGAGCUUUGUGUAGCAGGAAACGUCAUAUUGUCAGUGUAGAAAUGCCACGACCAUAUAGAGAAGGUUAUCGGGAAAUAUUAACAGCAGAUGCAAAUGUUGUUGAUCUCCAUAAAUUAGGACCCUAUUAUUAUAGCUAUGGGUCACAGUUACUGAAGUUUGAAAUGCCAGAAACUGCAGAUGUAGCUAAAAGUUUAAUAAAGUGUUUUCAGACAAGGAUAAGGAAAAUCAUGGACUCAUCUCAAAAUGCUUAUAAUGAAGACACUACAAAGUUAACAGAGAAAUUAGACGAGACGGAGAAAUGUUUGUUUAAAGCAGGACAAAUUGGACUCAAUGAUUUUCAACGAUGGGAAACCCGACAAACAGAAAAAUUAACAACAUCAGAAAUGGUUAGAAGUCAUAGAAAACGUAAAAGAGCUCUAAUGGAUGAUUCAUGACCAAAAUUUUUAUUUUUUUGUUUAAUUUGUUUUAUAAUGAUUUUAAAUCAGAUGUACAUAUUCAAUCUUUUCUGUCUGACAGUUAAAGAAUCUUACUGACAUUAUCAUGAUUAUUGAAAUAUGCAUCCGUGGUGAAAAUUAAAAAAAAUUGUCAGUAUGACAUUGGUCUCCAAUCAAGUUUCUUUUAAGCAUGUGCAAUAGUAUUGCUUGAUAGCUUCAUUGUAGUCUGUUAAGUCUUAUUUCAUUUGUGACCUGUCUGGCUUCCAUAACUAAUAAAAACUGGCUGCCAAGUUAUGGCCAACAGUGCUGCAAGUGGCUUUAAACACCAACAAUCAAUCAUUUGUGAGCUUUAAAUGCAUGGCAACAAAAUAGUUGAUAAUGUAUAAAGUUGUUUAUGAUGUUAUGGGUAUAAAUUCCUACACAUGCAAAAUGGUCUUAAAGUGUUGAAAAAAAAAAUAUUUGGACUUAAUUUUUAGUGCAUUUAUGGGAAUUACAAGUAAUUGAGGUUAUUUUUACGGAUUCUAUUGAUAUUUAAUCCAAGCCUUUCACUUAACAUUAAGGUAUGAUUGUAUGUGGAUGGCCGAGUUUACACCUUAAAAUUACCUUUACAUAACUGUAUUAAUACCUGAUGAAUAUUGAAUGGAAGGAGAGCUAUAAGUUGAUAGUUUUAAGUUUUCCACUCCCAACACCUCAUCCAUGAAAAACAAAUUCUUUGAUGUGUGUUUCAUAAAGCAAUUAAUAUAUCUUUUUAAUCAUAUACAAUGAUUGCCUUCACUGGAAAGAUAUAAGACUUAAUUAAAGAUGCUGAAUAAUUAAGUUAUACUGUAGAAAAUUUAAUAAUUUUAUUUAAUAAACAUGUAGUGGAAAUACAAUAAAAAUGCAUUUAUUCACAA